GCAGGCGCCCCCCGCCUGCAGCCAUUGGCCGGUGCGCAGGUGCCCCAAUCGCUCUUCACAUCCUGUAAACAGAGGCCAGCUGGAGACGCCAACUUCUGUUUCCGGGUCACACCUUGACAGCGGCUUUCACCUCCCAGCUCUGCCCCGAGGUUCGGCAGUUUGGAGCAUGUGAACAUACUCUGAGCCUUGAUGAGUUCCAGUAUGUGGUAUAUUAUGCAGAGCAUUCAGAGCAAAUACUCUCUCUCAGAGCGCUUAAUCCGAACAAUCGCUGCCAUUCGUUCCUUCCCACAUGAUAAUGUAGAGGACCUCAUCAGAGGGGGAGCAGAUGUGAACUGUACCCAUGGCACACUGAAGCCACUGCACUGCGCCUGCAUGGUGUCAGAUGCUGACUGUGUGGAGUUACUCCUGGAAAAAGGAGCUGAGGUGAAUGCCCUGGAUGGUUACAACCGAACAGCCCUCCACUAUGCAGCUGAGAAAGAUGAGGCUUGUGUGGAGGUCCUCUUGGAGUAUGGCGCAAACCCCAACGCGCUGGAUGGCAACCGAGAUACCCCACUUCACUGGGCAGCCUUUAAGAACAAUGCUGAGUGUGUGCGGGCCCUCCUGGAGAGUGGGGCUUCUGUCAAUGCCCUGGAUUAUAACAACGAUACCCCGCUCAGCUGGGCUGCCAUGAAGGGAAAUCUGGAGAGCGUCAGCAUCCUUCUUGAUUACGGAGCGGAAGUCAGAGUCAUCAACCUAAAAGGCCAGACGCCCAUCUCCCGCCUGGUGGCUCUAUUAGUCAGGGGACUUGGAACAGAGAAAGAAGACUCUUGCUUUGAGCUUCUCCACAGAGCUGUUGGACACUUUGAAUUAAGGAAGAAUGGCACCAUGCCACGGGAAGUGGCCAGAGACCAGCAGCUGUGUGAAAAACUGACUGUUCUGUGCUCAGCCCCAGGAACUCUAAAAACACUGUCUCGCUAUGCUGUGCGCCGGAGUUUGGGCCUCCAGUAUCUGCCAGAUGCAGUGAAGGGCCUUCCACUGCCAGCCUCUCUGAAGGAAUACCUCUUACUUGUGGAGUAGGCUGGAGAAGUUGUUUGCACCAUCAGGCAGGCAACUCUGGGUGAGAUUUUUCCCUGUGGUACUCUUUGUCUUGGAAAACAGGAAAAGCAGUUGUUCCUGUUGUGUGGUUUAUAUUUAGAGGCAACAUGUCACAACAGUCACCUCCACACCACCUCCCCUCCCCAAACCAAGCAACCAAACAAACAAAAAAAUCCCUCACUUUUGUUUUCUCUUUAUUGCUUACUUGGCUUUUUAUAUUGCACCCUGCAAGCGAAGAGGUCUCCCCCUACCCCCCUCCCCCCUUUACGGAAAAAGUCAACAAUGCAACUGAAUUCUCUAGGAAGAUGAAGAGUAUUUAAAGAGUGUGUGUUUAGUUUUCCUUUGGGAACAUGAUUAACAUUUCAGAAGAAUCCCUCUAGAAACAUUUUAACUGGUCAGUGAAGAAGUCUAAGAAAAGUCCAGCUAACAAAUUCUUAAAUGUUCUUAAAUGUGGCCCAAAGGUGAAGAUACUAAAAGCUCAAAUGGUGUGCAGAUUCACAGUUGGGCUGGAUGAUAUUCCUAGAGUGCCACGUCAUGGAGCAUUCAGAAGGGACUGGCCCCCUCUCACCAUCAAAGGAAACAGCGGUCUUGGCCUCUUUUCCAUGGGUGUGCCUGAGGGUUCCAGUAGUUCAGCAGUGUUAUUUCAGAACUAACAUUUUCUUACUGCUUUCCACAUAGUAGAAGAGGUAGCAGGUUCUGAGCAGUCCUAAGAACUUUUCUAACGCAGUUCUUUCUCUUGGUGAACGCCAGUUUGCUCCAAUGGGCUUAUUAGCAGGUGCUCUUGCACCUUAGAUGAAGGUGUUUACUCUAGCCGGGAAGGAGAUGGGCUGGGCUGCCUUUUCCCAUGGGUCGUCUUCAUUUCCCUUUAGGGAAUUCACGCUACUAAGGGUUCAGAAUUAUUUUCCUUUCAGUUGUUUUGGCAACUUUGAUUUUUACGGAUCUAUACAAGACAUUGGGGGAGGCCAGCGAGUGGGGGAAGAGCAUUAUAAGAGCUGCUUUCAAGCUGGCCCACCUACUCAAAAAAGAACUGUUUUAGUGAACCAUACUUAGUCAAUGAUACUCUUCCUUUUCAUGUCCCUAAACCAGAUCAAGUUGUUAUUAUCUUGGAUGACCCAGAUGCAAAUUUGAAAAACUUUUUUUAAGUUGAUCGGGAACUACAAAUAAAAAUGACUGCAAUCUGCUGACACAGCUAAUUCGAAAAAACAUGUCUGCUUUUGCCCUUCUGCCAUUGGUGUUUUUGUUUUUUGUUUUGUUUUGUUUUGUUUUGUUUGCUCACUUAAAAAAGAAAUAAACACUUCUAAAAGCAA